AUGCGCUCCGAAGCUCGCGCCCGUCCGCUCCCAAAGACCCCAUUUCCCAACAAAACGCUUUCGGCUAGCGAUAAUGUUGGUCGCUGGGCCCUGGGCGCCGGCCUCGCGUGUCGCCCGGGGAUUCCCAAAGCCACAGGCGGACAGUUCAUCAUCCGCGUAGAGGACACGGAUCGCUUGAGGAUUGUUCAGGAUGCUGAACAGAGGCUUUUCCGUGAUCUCAAGUGGGCGCAGCUUCAAUGGGACGAAGGACCUGACGUUGGGGGCCGUAUGGGCCAUAUAAACAAACUCGACAAGUAUCGACCCUUUGCGGAUCAGCUGCUCGAGUCGGGCCAGGCGUAUCGCUGCUUCUGCACGGCCGCGGACCUUGAAAAGCACAAGGAACUCGCCGCCGCCCAAAAUCAGACGACGCAGUACCCGGGCACCUGUAGAAGCAUAUCUGCCGAUGAGUCGGCCGAUCGAGCCGCUAAGGGCGAGACGCACAUCAUCCGGUUCAAGGGUGGGAGCACAUUCCCUUUUGUCGACCGCGUCUACGGCAGGUAUGAAAAGAAGGAAGUGGAAGAUGAUUUUAUACUCAUUAAAAGCGACGGCUUUCCCACCUAUCACUUUGCCAAUGUCAUUGACGACCACUUGAUGGAGAUCACUCACGUUAUUAGGGGCGCAUUUUCGUUUAAGUUUACGAAGGGAAACAUAAAGGUGAACCCCCAGAAACUCGAUUCAUUCCAGCACAAGCAUGCCGAGCACCUUUUCCAAAACCCAGACACAAACUAUGCAGUGUUGCGCGAGUCCAUACUCGCACCCACGGUGGAGUUCGUCCAGACCCUCGACCGCUCCGCCAAGGAUCCCACGCAGGAAAUCAAGUCCUCGUCCGGGGCCGUCUUUGACCGCUCUCAGCACGCGGACCUGGUCGCGCAGUUCGUGACUGAAGAAUCUGCCGAGGCGUACCUACUCGCGGUGUUCAAGGCCAACACGACUCGGUACGGCCACCACACAGACGUAGUCAUCGAGAACCCCCAGCUCAUCUGGACCGUCCCCACCUCGGCCUACGACGCCGGCGCCGCCUCCUUGUCGAAAGCCCAAGUCUCUGAUUUUGCCGCCGCCCUCGUCGCCGUCGAGUCACUCCUCCACCCUCUCGCCGUCACCGAUCCGGCUAGCCCCUCCCAGUGGACGCAGAAGGAGCUACAGCAGGCCAUCACCGCUGCGAUCGCCACCCUCGCGACCCAGUACCCUUCUCCCGAGGCGGCCCGCGACACCGUCUACGCCGCGCUCCGCUUCGCGUCCAUGGGGGCGGCCGACCGAGCCUCCAAGCCCGCUAGCCUCGUCUUCUGCCUGCUUGGGCCCGAAGAAUCUUUGAAACGGCUUGGGAACGCGGCAAAGGCGCUCGCUCGGGCCGGAACACCCUCCUAG